GGAAUAAAGCCAUUCUCCGAGAGCAUGUCUAAGCAAUUCAUCCCAGGACUGAAAGUGUGUGUCUGAGCCCCACAUCUUCAGGAUUCAUCUGAUCUUUGAUGUGCAGAUGGGACAGUCCGCAUGCGCAUGCAGAUAGUUUGGAUUUCUGACGACGCUUAGCACCUACUUUGGAUAAUUGUCAAUGAAUGAAGUCAUUGUUAUUCUAAGAUUAGGAGUUACAUGCAAAAGGCAUGCUCCUCUCCAGCGCUAGUGCCUUAAUAAUAGGCUGAAAUUCUUGUUUGGUGAGAAAGUUACUCGAGAGCUGAGUGCGUCUAUAGGCUGAGGGGCGGAUCUCACACACCUCACCACACACACACACACACACACACACACACACACACACAUACACACGUGUGUUUAAAUAGAGAGGGGCUGGAGGAUGAUCAGCUGCGGCUCCGGAGCUGGAGGAGGAUCGGCGUCAGACAUGAGCCGCCGCGCGCAUCCGUGCGUCUGUCAGCGAGGAUCCGGACAGCUCUGACCGCUCGGACCAUGGCACUGCCAUCUCUCCACAGCACCUCUGGAUAUUACCUCUUUGUGGAGUUUGUGACCUGCAGAUCUGGAUCUUCAGAAAGUCUCGUCGAGGAUGCUGUGUCUGUCUCCUCCAGUCACCUACAACCUGCUGUUCUGGUUCUUCAUUCUCCAAACGCCACAUUCAACUGCGCCUUUAAUCACUGGUACAGAGGCGAGCUGUGAGAACGAGGGAGAAGUGCUGCACAUCCCCAACAUCACAGACAACCCCUGCAUCUCCUGCGUCUGUCUGAAUCAGAAAGUAGACUGUAAGCAGGAGAAGUGUCCGCCGCUGGCAGAGGACUGUGCGCUGGUGGUCAAACAGACGGGAGCCUGCUGUGAAAGAUGCAAAGGCUGUCAGCUGAAGGGGACGUCCUACAACAGUUCCCAUCACUGGAUCAGCCCUGUCAAGCCCUGCGUCACAUACAGCUGUCAGGAAGGUGUCGUCACUGAAGCAGAAAUGAGGUGCGUCAUUCACUGUAAGAACCCCAAAAUCCACCCGAAGAAAUGCUGCCCAACCUGCCCGGGCUGUAUUUUCGAGGGGAAUUUAUAUAAAGAAGAUGAAGAAUUUCAUCCUGAAGGGAAUCCCUGUAUUAAAUGCAUCUGCACUGGAGGUCACAGCAUGUGUCAUAAGGUGGUGUGUCCGGUCCUGUCCUGCCCGGCUCAUCUUACCCACACGCCGCCGGGACAGUGCUGUCCUAGAUGUCGUGGUCAGAGGAAGGUGUUUGACCUGUCUCCCGGCAGCUGUCUGUUCCGCAGCGAGGUCUAUGAGAACGGCUCCUCCAUCAGCUAUGACGCCUGCACCUCCUGCUCCUGCGUGGACUCUACGGUGGCCUGCAGGAGGCGGUGCUCGGCGCCCGGCAGCUGUCAGGGCAGCGGCUGCUGUGAGGAGUGCCAGUCUCAUCUGAAGAUGGAGGAGGUGAAGUACUGCAGGGUGAAGAGCAAAAUCUACAGGGACGGGGACAGAUGGUCGUCUGUGAACUGCUCUCUCUGCACCUGUGUUAAGGGGAAUAUUGAAUGUCAGCCCAAGAUUUGUGUUCCUAUCACCAGCUGUCCCUCGAAUAAGAUACUGAAUCGCACUGGCUGCUGUCCUGUUUGCACUGACAAACCAGGCGUGUGCACCGUGUUCGGAGACCCUCACUAUAACACUUUUGACGGCCGCACCUUUAACUUCCAGGGCACGUGUAAGUAUGUGCUCACGAAGGACUGCUCUCCGGCGGCCAGUUUCACAGUGCUGGUGAAGAACGACGCUCGGCGCACGCGCUCCUUCUCAUGGACCAAAUCAGUGGAGCUGCACACAUCCGGCCUGAGCAUCAGCCUCCACCAACACCUGACCGUCCGUCAGAACGGCACGCGCAUCGCUCUCCCCUUCCAUAGCACUGGGGUCCACAUCGACCUGGAUGGGUACCUGCUCAAACUCACCACCAUCGCAGGGCUGGAGAUCUCGUGGGACGGGGACAGUCUGGUGGAGGUGGUCGCGGCGCCCCAUCUGAAGGAGCGGCUCUGCGGGCUGUGCGGAAACUACAACGGUCACAGGCGAGACGACACUCUCGGAGGAGAUGGCCAGUUUAAGUUUGACGUGGAUGAAUUUGCGGAGUCCUGGCGCGUGGAGGACAACGAGGUGUGUGAGGCUCCCAACCGCAGGCCCACAUCCUUCCUCUGUCCCGGCACAGUCAAAGUAAAGCUCCGCGCGCACAGAACCUGCCAAAAGCUCAAGUCCUGGGAGUUUCAGAAGUGCCAUUCUGCUGUAGACUUUACCUCCUUCUACAAGUCAUGUGUAACAGACAUGUGUGAGUGUCCAGUGCAUAAGAACUGUUACUGUGAGUCGUUCAUAGCCUACAGUCGAGCGUGUGAGAGAGAGGGCAUCCGUGUGCACUGGAGACCGGAGCUCGCCUGCAUCAGCACACACUGCAAACAUGGUGCGGUUUAUGACACGUGUGGACCCAGCUGCACUAAAACGUGCCACAACUGGAACGAGGUGGGACCCUGUCACAGGCCCUGUGUCGCCGGCUGCCACUGUCCCGCCAGCCUGGUCCUGUUUCAGGGCCACUGCAUUAAACCUACAUCCUGCCCCGGCCGAUGACCCCCAUGACCUGUACAGGAGCAGAAGGCUGCUAGAGAUCCAAACAAACAGAGGAAGAGAACUGGGCACACAGGGACUGUACAGCACUCAGACACUCACAAACCGCUCCUCUCAGCAGUCGUGUCCGACACGGAGACUCAGGAUGCCACUGCUCGCUCUGUGAGGACUUGGUUUCGCCACAUAAGUGCCUUUCCGAGCUCUGGAAUAAACUCAGUUACCAAAUUCCUGAUGCUUCAAACUACAAGGACCUGAACUGGACAUUCUGAGUUACAUCAGGAGUAUAUGGCAAACACAAACAAUAGUAUUAUCCAUUUAUUGGGUCAAACAGUAUUUAAUACACAAUCACUUGACUGAAAGGGAAACUAUUUAUAUAUUUGUUGUUUAUUUUGUAAGACAGGGACUCAAAUGUGACUGUUAUAGCUUUAAAGAGAAGUGUACUGUAUUCGUCCAGCAUACACUGAUGUGUGUAUGUGUUGUUAUAACUGUACAUUUCACUUGAUGCAGUACGAUAUUAUAUAUGACCAGUAUAAAGCUUAUAUACUUUUUCAGAAAUAAGCAAGUUUUUCUUUGAAAGUAUUUGUCACAGCUCAGGUUCAGAGAUGUCUCGUGUGUAGAUUCAGGAUCGGGAUGCAGAAGGAUUUUGCACCUAUGGAAAAAGAGCUCAAAAAGAAUAAACGGAGCAAUUCCAAUAGGGUCAUCACACCAUUGGUGCUCGGGCCCUAACUAAAGCCAAAAAUCAACUUCAUGUAAAUCGUGGCAAGAAUUUUGACAAGGUACAUGAAAAUGAACUUGUAAAUUGAUAAAACUCUGCAAUACUGA